GCGCCGCCGCGCCCCGCCCCCCGCGCAAGCUGCCGGCCCCCCACAUCCGGGUACCGACGCCAGCCGCCCAGACUCUGGCACUAUGGUCAUGGCGGAGGGGACGGCAGUGCUGAGGCGGAACAGGCCGGGCACGAAGGCGCAGGAUUUCUAUAAUUGGCCUGAUGAAUCAUUUGAUGAAAUGGACAGUACACUUGCUGUGCAGCAGUAUAUUCAACAGAACAUAAGGGCAGACUGCUCCAAUAUUGACAAAAUUCUUGAACCACCUGAAGGCCAAGAUGAAGGUGUAUGGAAGUAUGAACAUUUAAGGCAAUUCUGCCUUGAACUAAAUGGACUUGCUGUUAAACUUCAGAGUGAAUGUCAUCCAGAUACAUGUACUCAAAUGACAGCAACUGAACAAUGGAUUUUUCUUUGUGCAGCUCAUAAAACUCCAAAAGAGUGUCCUGCUAUAGACUAUACAAGACACACCCUUGAUGGUGCUGCAUGUCUCCUGAAUAGCAAUAAAUAUUUUCCCAGCAGGGUUAGCAUAAAAGAGUCAUCUGUAGCAAAACUAGGAUCAGUGUGCCGUAGGAUUUAUAGAAUAUUUUCACAUGCCUAUUUUCACCACCGGCAGAUAUUUGAUGAAUAUGAAAAUGAAACAUUUUUAUGUCACCGGUUUACUAAAUUUGUGAUGAAAUAUAAUUUGAUGUCGAAGGAUAACCUGAUUGUACCAAUUCUAGAGGAGGAAGUUCAGAAUCCAGCUUCUGGGGAAAGUGAAGCAUGAAGGGAAUCGUGUAGAACAACGUACUGAGCACAUAAUUAACAAUUGUGUACUGUAUAUAUAUGUCAUUUUAGACACAUCAAUCAUGUAUCCAUAUUAUAGCUUAUUUGUUUAGUAUAGGUUUUGUGUGCUAUGUGUUUUAAAAUGAGAAAUACAUUUUAAGUUAUUCAUGAACUGUAUAUUCAAUGGUGUGACACUCAUGGUUUUUAAAUAAGUUUAGUAUUAUCUGUUUAUAAUGCCUGUUAAUAAAAGAAUUUACAGUUUGGUAAAAUUGCUGCUAAACAAUCAUUGGAUCACAAUCCUCUCAAACCUAUAAAAGAAUGAGCUUGUGUUUCCCACAAGCCACUCACUAAAGAGAUAAUAUUUUCUUUGGUUUCACCCCUAGGUUUUGAUAUUUUAGAAAACUCAGUAGUAUUCCAUCUGUACUAUUAACUUCUCCAAAAUGAGAUAAAAGUGUUUAAAAGUUCUGUUUAUAGCUUUGAUAUGCAUAGCUGAUUAUGUGUGUGUUCGGAGGAAUUUGAGGAGGUGUUACUAAUACGUAAAUAACCUCACUCUGCUACAGAAAGUCUGCUCUAGGUCAGUGUACUUGGAAACAUUACCUUUCUCAUGACAGUGGAUUAUAACUGUGCUGGAGCCGAUAAGGCGCAUCCGUGGUGCGCCCAUGGACACCUGCCCCUUGUUUCCCCUAGUGCUCUCCCAAACUACAGUAGUCAAGCAGUGGUUAGUGGUGGCUUGUCCCUGUUUAUAUUUGUGUUAAUUACUUACGGAGCAUCCCUCAGACUAGCAGCGAUGUUACACUACAGGAGUCAACUGUGCAGUAAACUGUACUGCCUACCUUUGCUUGGGAAGUUGUUGUAACUACUUAGAAAUUGUCCUCCUUACGAUGGUUUCACUCUUCCUGUUAGUAAUAUUAAUCUUUUCACGUGACCCUAGGCAGCAUUGAAUAGACAUGAAAGAGACAGUGUAUUUAUUUUAUUCUCUUCCCUAAAAGCUUACUGUUUGAAUUGUAUGCACAUAUACGACUAUUUACAAUAACUCACAGGUUCCAGUGCUGUUGCUGAGCGGUCAUCCUUUGGUUUCUUAUUUCAGUGUCUAAAGAAUUUAAGUGCAGACUUAUAUUUGGUGGGGUUUCUCAUACAUAAAAUGCUGGCGUCUCUGUGCCACGCUCCAAGAAGGCACGAAGACUGGCAGGAACUGUACCUGCAGCUGGGACAGUUGAAGCCACCUCUACUGAUUUAACAAACAUGAGGAACUUCUUUUUUAUUUAAGAGUUAUUUUCAAAUGACAUUGAAACAUGCGUUCGUCUUGUUUUUCAACUUAUUUGAGGAAAUGAUUUGUAUUGUAUUAUGAGACAAGUAUGCACAGAAAAGUUGGAAAUGACAGCGCCCUCAGAGUGUGUAUAGCUGCCGCCUGUCCGAGCCUGCCCUGUGCCAGCGGUCAUGGUCGUCACUGCACCGGAGCCCACACUACCUUUAAGAAGUUUCAUGUUUGCAGUGAAUAGAACAUUGACUGAAAUUAGGUGUUCAUAUUACUGUCACCAUAAACCACUGGAGCUAGUAAUUUUUAAAUAAACUUGGUAAAUAUGCGAGACUAACCUACUAAGUUCAUACAUUAUACAUAGCAUAGCCAUGUUGUUCGCUAGGUGGAGUCUCACAGUGGAUUCUGUCACUUGACUAUUUCUCAGUGAACACUGAAGGUAGUGACUGGGGUUGUAGAGCUGACUAAUUGGAACACUUUGUGAAUAUAUGCCUUAGUGUUACAGGAAAUAAAGUCUGCUUUUCUUUUUCUA